GGAGGAUAUAAAUGGAUGGUAUUGCCAGAGUUGGUAUUGGUGUCAAAAGGUAGGUCCCUCCUUAGCUUUCGUGUCAAUCAAUCUCUGCAGAUGUCACUAUGAGGAGCUGCAUAAUCUUUAUCACCUUUUGUUUUGUUUCUUAAUGAUGUAAUCUCAUCUACAUAAAGAGAGGCUGUAGCUAGUAGUAAGUGAUCUACCUUCAUCCAGCAUAGUCUCUUUUUGAUUGAAAAGUCAAUAGACAUUUGAUGGAUAACAGCAGAUGGAGUCUUCAAGGUAUGACUGCUCUUGUGACCGGUGGAGCCAGAGGAAUCGGGUUUGCCAUUGUAGAAGAGUUGGCUGCUUUUGGAGCUAAAGUCCAUGUAUGCGACAUAUCUGAAACACUUCUCAAUCAAAGUUUAAACGAAUGGCAAAAGAAAGGGUUUCAAGUGAGUGGUUCAGUAUGUGAUGUAUCCUCUCGUCCCGAGAGAGAAACACUUAUGCAAACUGUCUCCUCGUUGUUUGGUGGCAAGCUCAACGUUCUAGUAAACAAUGUAGGGGGAGUACGCGCAAAGCCAACACUAGAAUACACAGCUGAGGAUUUCUCGUUUCAUAUAACAACAAACUUGGAGUCGGCUUAUCAUCUUAGCCAGCUUUCACAUCCUCUCCUAAAAGCUUCAGGAUCCGGAAGCAUUGUCUUCAUUUCUUCUAUUGCAGGGGUUGUAUCAGCAGCAAACUAUGUAUCCAUCUAUAGUGCAACCAAAGGAGCUCUGAAUCAACUGGCUAGAAACUUGGCAUGCGAAUGGGCAAGAGAUGGGAUAAGGGCCAACGCGGUUGCGCCUAAUGUUAUCAAUACUCCUCUGUCUCAACCUUUUCUUGAUGACCUCGGUUUGAAGGAGAGCUUGUUCAGUAGAACUCCACUUGGUCGAGCUGGAGAACCUAGAGAAGUUGCAUCACUAGUGGUUUUCUUGUGUCUACCAGCAGCUUCAUAUAUAACAGGUCAAACCAUUUGUGUUGAUGGAGGCCUCACUGUUAACGGUUUCUUUUAUCAACCACAGGCUUGAUAAUGGUGUUGUCGCGAUGUUUUUCUUCUUCUGCAGCUGUCUUUAAACUCUCAAAGUCUGCUGUGUAAUAAAUGAUUUAGCUUUUAUAAAUGUUAAGGUGUUGUUGGUUUAACUGAUUUAGAAAACUUGGAAGCCUUUGCAUGUUCAAGUUUUGUUGACCAUUUCGACACCUGGUUUCGGUUGUCUCUUGCGAGUGAAGUUACUACUCAAAGAAACAAAUUAAAGUCCUUUUCGUCGA